AAUAACAGAGACACUGGUCGGAAAGUGGAAGAUCCUGACUUGUUGGAGCAAAUUCGGUUAACAAUCAUCAACAAUCUCUUAAAAUACCAUCCGGAAUGUAGCGAACAACUUGCAAUGGGUGAGACCUUUGGAAUAAAGGCUCCAGAAAAGAAGGUUGAUGUUGAUAUCGCGACUCACAUACAUGUGAAGGAAGACGGACCAAAGAGGAGCCUGCUUUGCAUAGAGACAGCGGACAGGCCAGGUCUGGUUGUAGAGAUGAUAAAAGUGAUGGCUGAUAUCAACAUUGACGUGGAAUCCGCAGAGAUAGACACAGAGGGACUGGUUGCGAAAGACAAAUUUCAUGUAAGCUACCAAGGGCAAGCACUAAACCGUACUUUGUCACAGGAGCUGGUGAACUGUCUGCGUUACUUCCUGAGAAGGCCUGAAACUGACAUCGACAGCUACUAAAUGAACUCUGUUUGUUCAAAAACAUAAAUUGCUCUCUAUCCUUCUUCACGCAGUCGUAUCUGUGCUUCGAAACUUUCAAGUCAUCUGUUUGGAAGAUGAUGUAGAAAUUCCUGAUACUAAAACUGAACCAUUGUGCCUAAAAAUCAAUAAAUGGGGUUCUUGACACUUGA